AUGGCUGACGAACGACCCCUCAACGUGUUUGUCUCGCUCUUCAGCGGCCUCUCAACCGCCGCCUCCUCAUCCUCCACCUCAAAAUGUGCACCACACACCACACUCUGCAUACCCCUCACCGAUUCGCACCCCAUAGACGACCUCUUCGCCCAUCUCACCGCGCGUCUACCCACCCUCCCGUCCUCCACACGCCUAAUCCUCACCACACCUCGCGGUCGGCAAAUUCUCCCGUCGUCGCAUCAGUCUACUACACCCUCCACAGCCCGCCCUACAGCACGACAACUUGCGUCGCUUCUGUCACCCAAUCAGCCGACAUGCGCCUUUCUCAGCUUAAACCUCUCCCUGCCCCUUUGCGCCGGCAAAGGCGGCUUCGGCUCCCAACUCCGCGCGGCAGGAGGCCGCAUGUCCUCGCGCAAGAAACGCGCCCAGAACGCCGCCCUUGCUACGGGUAGCGCACGCAACCUUGAUGGUCGCCGACUGCGCACGGUCGCGGAAGCGAAGAAUUUGGCUGCAUACUUGGCGACGAAACCGGAGGCGGAUGCUAAAGAACGAGAGGAGAAAAGGCGGCGGUGGGAGGGCGUUGUGGAAAUGGCAGAGCAGCGGGAGAGGGAGAUUAGGGAGGGUAAGGUGGGUGGGAGGAAGAGAGGUUUGGGGGAUGAGUGGGUACAGACGAAGGAGGAGGUAGGGGAAGGGGUGAGGAGUGCGGUUCAGAUUGCUAUGGCGGCACAGGCGGAGAAGGAUGAUAGUGAUGAGGACGGUGGUAGCGGCAGCGGUGGCGGCGGGUCUGGACGCGAGCAGAGCGUGGGAGAAGACGACAGUGAUCAGGAUGUAGAUAUGGCGGACGACGAUAUACUAGAGCUGGACGAACAAGCGAUGGAGAAACUGCGCGUGGAAGCUGAGGCAGGCGACGAAGAUGCCAUGUGGGUGCUCAAAGAGCGGUUGCGGAUACCGGAGCAGUAUCUGCCUCAGCCUAAAACGAAGAAGGCACCACCGCGGACGCGCAGAUUCGCAGGUUUUGAUGACGAAGACGACGACGAGGACAGUAGUGAUGAGGACGUUGCGGGCGACGAGGACGUCAUUGAGUCCGAGCAGUCGGAGGGCUCCAAAGAGAAGGGCAAGGCGAAGGCAACGUAG